AUGGAUCUCGACGAUAACGAAGGUCGCAGCAAGGCAGAAACUACGAAAAAGGGAGCCAAGGCGCGCAAGACGGCGGCCGACGCUGCCUCUGGUGCGGGCCCGGGCGUUACGACCAAUGGCGCAACCAAUGGCACAGCACCUCAGCCUAAGCGACGCAAGGUCGAGAAGCCGGCAGCCGCGACCGCGCCGGCAGAUCGGGCCUUGGCUGGUGUGUUCGGGACGGAUGCGCCCAAGACCAAAACCUCAAGCCCCAGGGCAGGAACGGUGUCACAGGCAACCCAACUUCAGCUACAUCAUCACCAGUCAUUGGAGCGUUUCCAGACGCCAAGCUACCUCGUGGCUCACCAGUCCCUUUUGCCUGUCAAGGCCCCGGGUCGCCGCCCGCGCAAGACAAAACUCUAUACAAUCAACAGCAGAUGCCAAUAA